AUGCAGCUCCCUCCAGUAUCAGUUAUCGCCUCCUGGCCUACGCCCAAUUAUGACAAUCCAACAGAGGUUCAUGGCUCUGCCAUCAUAAUCAUGACAGCCAUCUUCAUGCCCCUGAUGCUGGCUGUCAUUGGCAUUCGUAUAUUCACACGCAUCCGGAUAUUGAGGAGCUUUGGCUGGGACGAUAUAUUCAUCAUUGCCGCUGCUCUUCCCACCCUCGGCUGUGGGAUCAUCACCACCACUGCAGCCAUCACCUUGGGCUGGAACCGCCAUAUAUACGAUGUUCCUAUCUGGCAGCUUAUCCUAGGUCUCCGACUGACGAUGCUAUUGGAAUGCCUCUUUGCUACCGGCUGCACGCUCACCAAGCUCUCGCUGCUCUUCUUUACCCGGAAGAUCAUGAAAGGCAGCGGAAGCCCGGCGUUGCAGUGGACUGUGGUCAUUAACAUAUGGAUUGUUGCUAUCGAACUUGUCAUCUUCAUUCUAGUGGUCGUCUUUACUUGCAGGCCUGUAUCCCUUUAUUGGAAGCUAUCUAUUUUACCCCAGAACUGCAUCAACGAGAGCGCACAUCUACUUGCUAGUGGUGCAAUCAACACUGCAACCGAUAUCAUCGUUAUUGUCUUGCCAAUUCCCAGUGUUUUGUCUCUCAGCCUGCCCGUCCGGCAACGGAUCGUUCUUAUCCUACUUUUCGGUGCUGGUUUCGGUGUCUGUAUCGCCGGUGGUGUACGUGCAUACUACACCUACCGACUGAAUAUCGCCCACGACAAGACGUGGGAAGCCUAUUACCUCUGGAUCUCCGGUACCGUCGAGCUUUACGUUGGCGUGAUUGGGGCUUCAGUCGCGUCAUUACGACCAUUCCUCGCACGCUACAUCCCAUCUAUCUUUGGCAACCAGCGUGAGCGCGCAUCGUACGCCUUUGCAAGCACAGUGGCACGGCGCUACGGUUUCCGGCGUUCAAACCGUGGCAAGCCAAAGCCCAGGAAAGUAAAGGAGGUCAGCGAGGCUACUACCAUUACCAUGAACUGCGACUUUGACUUUGACCUCGGGUACCUCCGCACCCAGAAGAGCGAGAUGGGUCCGGUAACUACAGCGUCCCGCGACGGGGCCGCAGAAGAAUCAAACAUCGGCAUACCCCCUGCAGAAACGGGCGCAGGGUCUGCGGAGCAAUGA